CGCUGUCACUGUUAUGGUCCUGUCAGGGCGCCGGCGUCGUGGUGCUUGGGUGGUCGCCACCAAGAGGACUUUGGUGGAGUAGUCUCGGGGCAGCUCAGCGGCCCGCUGUGCCCGUUUCUGGCCUCGCUCCCAGCUUGCACGUCGAGACUCGUAGGCCGCACCGUAGGGCGAGCGUGCGGGUCGGCGCCGCGGCCGCCUCGGGGUCUGGGCCCAGCCGCAGCCUCUUCUACCGCGGCCGGUUGGGAGGCGCCGCGAGAUGCAGCCUCCGGGCCCGCCCCCGGCCUAUGCCCCCACUAACGGGGACUUCACCUUUGUCUCCUCAGCAGACGCGGAAGAUCUCAGUGGUUCAAUAGCAUCCCCAGAUGUCAAAUUAAAUCUUGGUGGAGAUUUUAUCAAAGAAUCUACAGCUACUACAUUUCUGAGACAAAGAGGUUAUGGCUGGCUUCUGGAAGUUGAAGAUGAUGAUCCUGAAGAUAACAAGCCACUCUUGGAAGAAUUGGACAUCGAUCUAAAGGAUAUUUACUACAAAAUCCGAUGUGUUUUGAUGCCAAUGCCAUCACUUGGUUUUAAUAGACAAGUGGUGAGAGACAAUCCUGACUUUUGGGGUCCUCUGGCUGUUGUUCUUUUCUUUUCCAUGAUAUCAUUAUAUGGACAGUUUAGGGUGGUCUCAUGGAUUAUAACCAUUUGGAUAUUUGGUUCACUAACAAUUUUCUUACUGGCCAGAGUUCUUGGUGGAGAAGUUGCAUAUGGCCAAGUCCUUGGAGUUAUAGGAUAUUCAUUACUUCCUCUCAUUGUAAUAGCCCCUGUACUUUUGGUGGUUGGAUCAUUUGAAGUGGUGUCUACACUUAUAAAAGUGAGAAGCACCAGAGGGACAGGACUUCUAGAAGUUAGAAUAAUAUGAAGUAAUCAGGAAAUAUGUAUGCCUACAGAAGCAGCAACUGUAAGAUAAACAUUUGUUACACUUAAGAAAUUGCUGAGGUUAAUACUUUGUUAUAAUGGAUUAUAAUAUUUGACAUUCAUAGUGUUGACCCUGGAAUCUUUCACAAAAAGCUUGGGGGUCAGGACCAGGAGGUAGAAUUUUACGAGGCAAUAAAUGAAGGUAUUUUAAGAUCACCUCUAUUAAAAAAUGGUUUAAUUUUUAAAAACUAUCAUUGCUUUAAGGUAUGAAUUUAAAAAAUUACUUAUGGAUCAUGUUUACUCCUAAUGAUAUAAAAUGAGGUAUUUUUGUUCCAAAAAGUAUUUUGAAAUAGCAUUUAAUCUUGGGAACUAUCUUAGUUAGGGUUUCUAUAAAUACAAAUUGCAAUGUUUCGAACUCAACCAGUAUCAUUUUCGUGUGCUAAUGAGCAAAGUAGUUAGAACAGAUUGUCAGUUUAAAAACAGGAUUUGUAGGCCAGGCACAGUGGCUCAUGCCUGUAAUCCCAGCACUUUGGGAGGCCAAAGUGGAUGAGCAGCUUGAGUCAGGAGUUUGAGACCAGCCUGGCCAACAUGGCGAAACCCCGUCUCUACUAAAAAUACAAAAAUUAGCCGGGCGUGGUGGCAGGCGCCUGUAUAAUCCCAGCUACUCAGGAGGCUGAGGCAGGGAGAAUCGCUUGAACCCUUGGAGGUGGAGGUUGCAGUGAGCCAAGAUUGUGCCAUUGCACUCCAGCCUGGGUAACAGAGCAAGACUCUCUCAAAAAAAACAAAAAAAACCCCCAUGAUUUGUAGAUAUGUGCAAGACACAGUACUGCUAUGGCUAAUAAUGGUAAGAUGACCCUAAUAAUGUCCUCUCCUUGAAUUUUUAUAUAAUAAUAUUUUCUGAGUCAUAACUAAUUUUUUAAAUAAUGAUUUCCAACCUAAUUAUUAAUUAGAAUUUUGUUGUUGUUGUUUGAGACAGAGUCACUCUGUCACCCAAGCUGGAGUGCAAUGGCACGAUCUCGGCUCACUGCAAGCUCUGCCUCCCGGGUUUGCACCAUUCUUCUGCCUCAGCCUCCCGAGUAGCUGGGACUACAGGCACCCACCACCAUGCCUGGAUAAUUUUUUGUAUUUUUAGUAGAGAUGGGGUUUCACCAUGUUAACCAGGAUGGUCUCGAUCUCCUGACCUCGUGAUCCGCCCGCCUCAGCCUCCCAAAGUGCUGGGAUUACAGGCGUCAGCCACUGCACCAGGCCAGUUCAUUAGAAUUUUUAAAACAGGGUGGGCGUGGUGGCUCAGGCCUGUAAUCCCAGCAGUUUGGGAGGCCGAGGCAGGUGGAUCACCUGAGGUCGGGAGUUUGAGACCAGCCUGACCAAUGUGGAGAAACCCCAUCUCUACUAAGAAUACAAAAUUAGACAGGCGUGGUGGUGCAUACCUGUAAUCUCAGCUACUGGGGAAGCUGAGACAGGAGAAUUGCUUGAACCCAGGAGGCAGAGGUUGCGGUGAGCUGAGAUCGCGCCAUUGCACUCCAGCCUGGGCAACAGGAGUGAAACUCCAUCUCAAGAAAAACACAAAAUACAAAACAAAACCAAAAAAAAAAACAGAACUGGGCCGGGUGCGGUGGCUCACGCCUGUAAUCCCAGCACUUUGGGAGGCCGAGGCGGGUGGAUCACGAGAUCAGGAGAUCGAGACCACGGUGAAACCCCGUCUCUACUAAAAAUACAAAAAAUUAGCCGGGCAUGGUGGCGGGCACCUGUAGUCCCAGCUACUUGGGAGGCUGAGGCAGGAGAAUCGCUUGAACCCGGGAGGCAGAGGUUGCAGUGAGCCAAGAUCGUGCCACUGCACUCCAGCCUAGGUGACAGUGAGACUCCGUCUCAAAAAAAAAAAAAAAAAAAUCAAAAUCUAUAUAAUUAAGCAUUGUUUUUUAAAAAGUAGUUUAGGAAGAUUUGUAAAGCUUAUGAACCACUGUAAAACCUUAUUUCUAAGGUCUGUAAGACGGUUUUAUAUGUAAUAAUGUGUCCAUUUCCAGGAAUUCCCCAAAUACUCAUACAGCCAUUGAGCACCCCAAUCCAAAAUUCAGAAUGCUUCAGAUAAGAACAUUUUUGAGUGCCGAUGUGACACUUUAAAGGAAAUGUUCAUUGGAGCAUUUUGCAUUUUAGAUUUUUGGAUUAGGAAAGCUCAACCACUAUGUAUUUCUGCACAUAUUCCAAAAUCUGAAAAAGUCUGAAACCUGAGAAACUCUGGUCCCAAGCAUUUUGGAAAGGGUAUACUCAAUCUGUAUUAACAUAGACUUCUAAAUUAGUGAAAAUUUGCAUUGAAUUAAAAUAUGAAGUAAAUAUUUUUGUUUAAAUAUUGUUUAAAAUUUAGUCAUUUAAAAAUUUUUUGAUGUAACAAAAUGUUGAAUAAAAUAAUGCUUCUACAACUUAAAAAUAUUUUUCAUAGUGAACAAAACUAGUUGAAUACUUUUAAAUAUUCAUUUUUGUUAGUGCACAUUUUAGCCAGUUUUAAGCUUUAGGGAAUUGUGACCCUUUUUUUUUUUUUUUUUUUGGAGACGGAGUCUUGCUCUCUCGCCCAGGCUGGCGUGUGUGGCUCAAUCUCAGCUCACCACACCCAGCUAAUUUUUUAAAUUUUUAAUGGAGACAGGGUUUCGCCAUGUUGGCCAGGCUGGUCUUAAACUCCUGACCUCAGGUGAUCCACCCACCUUGGCCUCCCAAAGUGCUGGGAUUACAGGCUUAAGCCACCGUGCCCGGCACUUUUGUUUUUAAAAUAAUAUCUUACUUUCAUAUGAUUCUUUCAGACUGUGGUAUGGCAUUCUGAAGCAAGUCUUAACAGAGCUAAAAAUCACCCUUACCCAAUUCUCUGCACUGACAUAUGUACACAAAGUAAUAUUUUAUUAUUCUCCUUCAUAAAUGGUUUCUUUAAUUGAACCUUUGAGCCUUAUACUAUUUUUAAAUUUCCCUUUAAAAAUUGAAUUACAGCCAGGCACGGUGGCUCAUGCCUGUAAUCCCAGAACUUUGGGAGGCCAAGGCAGGAGGAUUGCUUGAACCCAGGAGUUGGAGACCAGCCUGGGCAAGAUAGCGAGAUCCUGCCUCUAAAAAAAUCAUAAUAAUACUUUAAUUUAGAAAAUACCCUCAAUUAGAAGUGCUCCAUUCCUCAUUUGUGUACAGCUGUUCCUCUGUAUACGAAGGGGAUUGGUACCAGAACCACUGCAUACCAAAUUCCACCCAUACUCAAGUCUCACAGUCUUCCCUGCAGAAUCCAAGUAUACAAAAAGUAGGCCUAUCAUUUAUAUGGGUUUUGCAUCCUGACAGUACUGUAUUUUCAAUCCUAGUUUGUUUGGGAAAAAAAAUUGUUUGUAUGCCUGGGUACAGUAUCUCAUACCUGUAAUCCCAGCACUUUGGAAGGCUGAGGCGGGAGGACUGUUUUGUGGCCAGGAGUUCAAAAUCAGCCUGGUCGACGUAGUGAGACCCCAUCUCUACAAAAGAAAAAUUAGCUGGGCAUGUGGCACCUGCCUGUGGUCCCAGCUACUCAGGAGGCUGUGAGGCAGGAGAAUUGCUUGAGCCUGGGAGGUUGAGGCUGCAGUGAGCCGCGAUCACACCACUGCAUGCCAGCCUGGGCGACAGAGUGAGACCCUGUCUCAAAAAAGAAAAAAAAUGUAAAAAUUGCGUGUAAGUUGACCCGCACUAUUCAAAUUUGUGGUGUUCAAGGUUCAACUGUAAUUUCCUAGCAGCAUUUUGUGUGUUUGAGAAUCUCUUGACACUCUUCAAGUAAAUCCCUAAAUUACAACUUUGACAUCAAAAAAGCUAGACGUUCCUACAUUUUUGCACUACAAUACAUAAAAACUCCCAUGCUGAUCGGUUGUGGGAUCGUGCCUGUGAAUAACCACUGCACUCCAGCCUGGGCAACAUAGUAAGUAAGACCUUGUCUCUUAAAAAAAAUACAUUCUGAAGAAAGUUCUACUUAUGAAUACAUUUUAUUUAUAACAAACUGGUGAAAAUUUUAGACCAAACCAUGUCUUUCUGGGUUGCAGUGAUUAAAAAAUGGUUAAGAGAAUGUUCCCUAUACAAGGCAUAUGUUAUUAAACAUGAAACUUAGGAUUAGUUUUCUCUUUGAAAAUUCUUUUGAUAUGCUGAGGUUACAGUUUGGAGGUUACAUUAGAGAAAGAAUAUAGGGAAGAUGGCAGUGGUAAAACGUUUCCCUGCUUUACAUUUUUAUAUUGGCAGUAUCUUGGUUUCAACUUUUCUAUUUUCAGCAAGAUAUUUGCAAGUUUUUACUUUGAAGAUAUUUGGUUUAUAGUAGUCCAUGCUAUACUAAUGCUGUUGCUGAGAUAAUUAAGUUAGAUACUAAUAUGAAAAAGAAUAUUUGUGUAAAAUAUUUUGAAGUUGUAAUUAGUGUAUAUACAAGUUGUUAAUACUUAUGAAAAAAGGAAGCAUUCCCACCUGUAAUAAUUUUGUUAACACUAGACUAUCAGUAAAUUAAGUUUAUCAAGAAUAAAAA